CCAGCGAGAAAGCUGAUCCCACUUCUUCCACCUGCUUUCGUUGUAGCCAUGCUGGCACUGAGGGUGGGUCUUCCUCUCCCGGUCCACUGAUUCAAAUGCCAACCUCCUCCGGCAACACCCUCACAGAUAUACCUAGAAACAAUACUUUGCAUCCUUCAGUCCAAUCAAGCGGACACCUAAUAUUAACCAUCACAAGGAGAAAUGCUGGGAGAGCCAUGGCCGGCCCAGCCCCUCCUCACUGCAUCCUCUGCUUCCCCAUCUGUCUUAUCUACAGCUCUGCCCCUGAGGACUGCACAUCCUUCAGCGUCAGCGCCUCUCCAGGGGUGAUCGUGGAUAUUGCCCACAGCCCUCCAGCCAAGAAGAAGUCCACAGGUUCCUCCACAUGGCCCCUGGACCCUGGGGUAGAGGUGACCCUGACGAUGAAAGCGGCCAGUGGCAGCACAGGCGACCAGAAGGUGAGUGUCAUAGCUGUGGGGUGGCAGUGUGGAUGCAUUUCAGCAGGGCAGCCACUCGCACUCUGUCCUGCUGUAAUCCACAGCACCAACCUGGCAGAACCUCUUUCCCUGUGGAAAAGCUUGUGGUGGCUUCUUCCAGCCAUAGUGUCCGCAGGAACAAUAAUGUAUGGCUGCCGGGGGUUCGUGGAGGUCAGGGUUUAGAUUAAACUCUAUUCA